CUGGAAUGGGGAAAACAAUACUUAUAGAUAAUGUGCGAUAUGAACAAAUUAGUGUUUCUCCUUGUUUGAUAAACAAUCCAAACGACAUUUCCAUCAUGCUGCGUAAUCUUCAUGGGUAUAUAGCAGAUAAUAUUGCAAUUGAAUGGACGAAUUGUAAAAUUUGGGUAGCAGGAAUUGAUCACGCCAACCUUACAUACUUUCGGCACUGUAUAGACCCAAAACCAAACGAAUAUUUUAAACUGGACGUCAUUGAAACGAAGUUUGACGAUAAACGAGGUAAACUUUUUGUCAAGUUCUCAAAACAAGCGACUUACGGAACUAAUCCGAUAAAGACCGCAUCGGUUCAAGAACUACUAGACCGGCAAAAUACAUCAUCAAGCGGCGGCGAAAAAGAUUCCUCACACGCAGUGGCGGAACUAGGGGGGAGCGAGCCGGUGCUGCCGCCCCC